AUGGGUUUUACAAUCGUUGCUUGUGAAGCUGAUUGGCUACCAGCUUAUAGAGUUAAUCGAUGGGUUAAAGGAAUUUCUUUAUCAACAAUUAAAGAUGCGGAUGAUGCUUUAAAAGAUUUUACACGAUUUCCCUCAUGGAUGUGGCGAAAUAACGUUGUAGUAGACUUUAUAACAUGGCUUCGAAAAUACAACGAUCAAAUAAAUGAUCAACAGAAAAAAGCAGGCUUUUUCGGCAUUGAUUUAUAUAGUUUACAAUCAUCACGUGAAGAAGUUAUAAAAUACUUAGAAAAAAAUGCACCUGUAAAAAUAGCUCGUAAAAAUUAUGGAUGUUUUGAAAAAUAUACUGAUGAACAUGAAUAUGGUGUUUGUGCAGCAACAAAUCUGAGUUCAACUUGUGAAAAAGAAGCUAUUAAAGUAUUAACAAAAAUGUUAGAACAACAUGCUAAACUCAUAGCCGAAGAUAAAACAGAUAAUAUGGAAGUUCAUGAAAGUUUUUAUGCUAUGGAAAAUGCAAAAAUAGUUCGUGAAGCUGAAAAAUAUUAUCGACAUAUGUUUGAAGGUGGUCAAAUAACAUGGAAUAUUCGUGAUACACAUAUGUGUGAUUGUUUACAAGAUUUACUUAACCAUAAUGGACCUGGAACCAAAGCUGUUGUUUGGGCACAUAAUUCUCAUGUUGGUGAUGCUCGUGAAACGGAAUCGAAUCGAGCACGUAAAAUUAACAUUGGUCAAUUAGUUCGUGAACGUUUCGGUAUAGAAAAUACUUAUAAUAUUGGAUUUACAACAUAUACUGGAACUGUUACGGCAACUGAUAAUUGGGAUAUGUGUCCAGAUUUUAAACAUGUACGACCAUCAUUAAAUGAAAGUAUUGAAUUUCUGUUACAUGAUGCUCUUAUAAAAAAUUCAACAAUGUUUUAUGAUGGCCAAUAUUUUCUUAUCUUUCGUUCGAAUAAUCCAUCUGUUGAAUUUUCAAAAGAAUUACGCAAUAAAUUACAUAAAAAACGAUUAGAACAUGCUAUCGGUGUUAUUUACCGUCCACAUACCGAACGACAAUCACAUUAUUUUAAUGCAAGUCUUUCAACACAAUUCGAUUGUGUUAUUCACGUAGAAAUGACACGUGCUUUAAGACCAUUAGAAAUCCAUCCUAUAUGGGCACAAGCAGAAAAAGAACAUGUGCCAGAUACAUUUCCGAUGAAUGUUUGA